AUGCUGACCCCGCUCCGACAGUCCGCCCAGAACUCCGCAGGCAUUCAGACCCUCCUCGAUGCUGAGAGAGAGGCUCAGAAGAUUGUCCAGCAAGCUAGAGAGUACCGCACGAAGCGCAUAAGGGACGCCAAGUCUGAGGCGCAGAAGGAGAUUGAGGAGUACAGAAAGCAGAAGGAGGAUGAGUUCAAGAAGUUCGAAGCUGAGCACUCGAGUGGAUACAAGAAGGCUGAGGAGGACGCGAACAAGGAGGCGGAGGUGAAGCUCCAGGAGAUCCAGGAGGCUGGCAAGGAGAAGGGCAGCAAGGUCGUCGAGGAUCUCAUCCAUGCGCUGGUCGAUGUGAAGCCCGAGGCGUCUGAGAAGAUCGUAAUCAAGGCAUAG